AUUCAGGAGGUCCCCCUUCACCUUGUGAAGGUUAUUGUGUGAAAGGAGGACGAGAGUGGGUGCGGUGUACUUUAGUCCAAAUUCUAUGGAUCAAGAUUUUUCUGAAAGGAGCACGAGGGGAAAAUACCAUAUCUAGAAACCCCUGGAGCUGUGACUGUCCUGAGGAGAACACUCCCCUCACACAUACUCGCCAACGGACUGUGGAGGCGUGAGAAGAGCCGUGGAGAGGAGCAGUUGACUUCAACCAGACUAAAAACAAGGAAGAGGGUAAAAAAGAGAGAGGGGGAGGAGAAUAAGAUGGAGGGCUUGCUUCCUGUGUUGCAGCGGCACCCUGGACUGUCUGUGUUGGUGUGCGCUCUGAUGUUCCGGGUGGCCCACCGACUACUACAGAACCUGCCUGUGCCCAAAGUGGUGAAGGUGGAUGACUUCCGCUCCUGGAAGUGGAGGAACCUCUCGGUCUCUAUGGUCCACUCCCUCCUGACAGGGACUUGGGCUGUGACCUGUGUGAUCAUUUGGCCUGAAAUGGCAACCAACAUUCACUCCUUCUACACGGCCCCAGCCUACAUGCUCAUCUGCAUCUCAUCAGGAUACUUCGUGCAAGAUGCAGGUGACAUCAUCCUAACUGGACACGCAAGAGGAUCCUGGGAGUUCUUAAUUCAUCAUUUCCUGGUGCUCUGGUGCUUCCUGUAUUCUCUGUACUCGCACCUCUACGUGGCCGGUGCUGUGGUGGCUCUCUUUGUGGAGGUUAACAGUGUCACCCUGCAUUUGAGGCUAAUGUUGAAGCUAGCAUCACAGCAGUCGUCUCCUCUGUACCAAAUCAACAAGUUCCUCAACCUCUUCACCUACGUCGUCUUCCGCCUCAGCGCACAGUUCUACCUCACGUAUUACAUCGUCCAGAACUAUUCCUGGAUGGACAAAGGAGGCUAUUUCCUGGUUACCAUGACCCUCAUGAACACCAUGAUCCUGAUCUACUUUUAUCGUCUUCUCCGGGCCGACUUCUUCCCCCCGAGCAGGGCUCACAUGGAGCGAAAUGGCACCCACAACAACAACGUCAAAAAGUUCCUCAAUGAAUGACACCGAGAGCGACAUGGCCGUAUAUCGGCUGUUGUGUUUGGUGUGUUUUGUUUUUUGGUUUGUUCGGUUACUGAUAUCAUUCCUCAUCAAGACGUCUCAUCUGGUUGUGUUGUGUCAAGCUGUGUCUUCACAACAAUAAUAAUGCUCUGUCUCUCAAUGGCUCGUGUUGUAGAGUGAGGCGGCCAGGAAAGGAUGGGGACAGUGGUACAUGCCCUAUAGUGAUGCUUCUCUACUAAUGAUUAAGCUCACUGACUGAAGAUCCCUCGCAGACACCCAAACAGGGCAGCAUACAGUGAGACUGGUCCAUUCACACUGGCUGGGAGAAUCCUACUAACUUACCUCUAGGAUACUGUGCCACUUGUGCUUCUGAUCAUAGCUAAUACAUUUGUUUACAAUUAUAGGAAUUUAUAUGAUUCAUGUGGAAUGCAUAUUUAACAGAAAAAAUAAAUAUAAAUGCUAACAUAA